CUUUGUCUUGUACGCGCUGGCACUGUCAUAUCUACUCGUUGCAUAAGGAAAGUAGACCGUAAUAGAGUGCCACCGGAGUCUACCUAACGACAGGGCCAUUGGAUAGUGGCAUCGUUGGCAUCUGGAGCCAUACCCGGAGAGAGUGUCAUGGGAGACAGCGGAAACCGUAAGCCCAGGGCCCUUCCUCCCGUGCCCAUACCCCUGCCGGAUUACGGACGUCCGAAUGUCCCCCUGCCGGAUUACGGAAGGCCGAACAUGCCCCUUCAAGAUUACGGACGUCCCAACAUACCAUGGCCGGAUUAUGGGAGACCUAACAUACCUCAUCGGGACUAUUAUGGACGGGGACGUGGGGAUCUGAAUUACAGGCAGGAUUACAGGCAGGAUUAUCCAUAUCAAAGAAGAAGUAUGGAUGAUGGGUAUGCUAGGACGGGGUAUGCUCCGGGGUAUGACUAUGAGGAAAAUGGUAUGGCUUCGAGAGGCGAUUUGAGAGGACCUGGAGAGGGAUAUAGAAGGUCUGUUUCGGACGCAGGAUAUGAUAGGCCUGCGUCCUAUGAGGCAUAUGACAGGUCUGCGUCCUACGAGGGAUAUGACAGGUCUGCGUCCUACGAGGCAUAUGACAGGUCUGCGUCCUACGAGGCAUAUGACAGGUCUGCGUCCUACGAGGCAUAUGACAGGCCUGCAUCCUACGAGGCGUAUGACAGGUCUGCGUCCUACGAGGCAUAUGAACAGCACGGCCGAGAUGGCAGGCCCUUAUACCCAGGGCCGUCACACUACCCACAGCAUCCCAGGUCACCUGAAACCCCUAGACGACAUCCUCCUCAUGAAAGUCCGGGGUCAUCCUACUUUCCUGAAAAUCCUAAGUUAUCCUAUUUUCUUGGAAGUCCUAGGUAGCACUAUUUUCCCCGAAAGCCUUUUUGGUCAUCCCAUUUUCCUGAACAUCAUGGGUCGGCAUAUUCCUGAACGUCUUGUACCGCAAUAUUUUUUCUUCUCGUUUUUUUUCCUCAAAGACCCAAGUCACCAAGCUUUCCUGAACCCCCCCUCCCCCCAACACCCCGGGCUAUAAGGCAAGGUCCAAGGGAAAUAGAUUAUCCUGAAGAACUUACAUAGUAGUGCAUUUUGUGAAUCACUAUAAUGUGAUUUAUGAUGUAGAACAUAUGUGAUAUAUUGUACACAUAUUAGUUAGGAAGGAAUCAUAAUUAGAUGAAUAU